ACUAAGUUUAAUAAAAGAGAUAGAAACGACGAUGGAGGUCAACCGUCAUAUGAUACAUCUCCGUUAUCUAUUUUCUCAACACCUGGUCGAGCUUUUGGGAAAGGUGUACUUAGAGAGAUGAGCAUUGAACUUCAUAAGGCUGCCACUCAUUAUGUCCUGCAAAAUUGUGAUGAAGCUUUGCCAUUUGUCCAAGAACAUAAGAACAUUCUAAUCCAGUCUAGUGUUGAUAAUGUGGAGGAGUCACAUAGGCUUCAAUUUUCAAACUGGAUUUCUAAAAGGGUCACAGAACUAUACAACGAUGGUAAAGUUAGUAAACAAAUGCUUUCUUUGGCUCGAGGUCCUGAAAGGCGAGUAACUUAUUAUCCUGGUUAUUAUAUUAGUGGUUUUAGAUUUCAUACAUUGCAGCGUGAUGAGAAUAAACAAACACAAAAUAGUGGAAUUAUGGUUAAGGGGGAGAAUCAGGUUGACGAUGUGCCUUGGUAUGGAACCUUAGUAGAUAUUGUGGAGCUUCGUUACACAGAAGGAAAUAGAGUUGUAUUGUUCAAUUGUGAUUGGUAUGACACAGCACGAAAAGGAACAGGUUACAAGAUAGAUCGUUAUGGAAUAAUCACUGUUAAUACAACACGCAAGCUAAAUACUCAAGAGCCAUUCCCAUUAAAUAGUUCUCUUGCCUCCCAUUAA